AUGGUUAACGAAGAUCCGGAUGAAAGUUUUUUAGACUUCUCAAUGAAAUAUUUGGACGCUGUUUUUGGAACUAGCGACACUCCUGAGCUAAUAUUGCCUCGCAUCGAAGUUAACGAUCUAAGUCCUUCAAAACCGAUACAAGAUUCUUCUGUCACCACAAACGACACUAGUGGUGAUUUACAGGCAGAACAAAAGGAAGUCCAGCCUCAAAUAACAUCCCAGCAAGAGAAUAAAGAGAAUAGUACUGACGACAGUAAAAAACAUUCAUCAGUUUCAGUUACACCCAUACAAGCUAAAUACUCGACUGAUAUAAGAGAGACCAGCGCUAACAUAACUGGUUGUGAUUCAGAUUCUUCCCUAGGGAAACUAUUUCCCGGGUUAAUGGAGGCUACCCUCAAAAGAAAGUCUAUUAUAGGCUUAGAAGACGAUGACACAAGUGCGCUUCACAUUGAGACAGAUAAUCCAUCGCACUUAUUUUGGGUCCCUGCGCAUCUUCAUCCAGAAAUAGCUCCAAACGAAUUUAGAAAAUGGUUAAAUAAUCAUGCAAAAGAUAGGUUUAAUACAGGAACGAGCUCUUUGAGGAGACGUAAAUCUGCCUUAUCUAGGCAAUAUAUACCAACGGAAAAUGAUGAAGAUGAACAAUCAGAGAAAAAAAUAGGGCCCGAAAAAAAACGAAAUGGUUCCGAUACCGACCCUAAAGAUCCGAACAUAUUUGAUCGGCAUUCUUCUGCUACUGUAGAUUCACCUGUUCUCAUUCCUAGAAUGGCACCAGCACUUAAGCGUGCGGCACGCACAAAGAUUCGCCGGAAUUCAGUUGCUGGUGAACAAAAUCCGCGAAGAUUCUCCGCGCACAGAAGAACAAAAUCAACUCACGUACUUUCCGACAAAGAUAAACAGAAUGGGGAUUUAUUACCAAUUAUCCCAAAAAACCCGCCAGAAUCGCUACUUUCUAAUGUUUUAACGUUACCUCAAAACGAGGGAUCCGCCGAAGAAACAGGCAAUGACGAAACAACAUCUACAUCAGAUGUUGUCGCUGAACCUGAAGAAAUUGAAAAUGAUAUCAUACUUGAUUUUAUAGAGUUAAAUGAUAGUUCUGGGCCUAUACGUAUUACUUUAAAAGAUGAUGGCCCUGCACCUGUAAGCGCUGCUGUGCCUUCUCCUCGUCGGACGAGUUCGCUUCCCCAAAGUACCAUUAAUAUGUCGGAUUCUUCACAAGGUCAUAUGCCAUCACACGAUGAAGCAAACUUAUAUUCAGAUGCCAGCGGAAUAACAAAACCCUCCUCUAAAACGCUCCCAACAUCAGUCGCUUCAACACAAUCGAAACGGACAUCUACAUGGACAUCUUGGCUUUUCGGCGCUAAUUCAGAUGAGAAGGAAAAAGAAUCAAAAUUUAAAAAACCAAAAGCAGAAAAAGUUCAAAAAGCUGAUGGUGAUCUCAAUGAGUCUGGUACUAGAGAAAAGUCAUCAAAAAUAACGAUCUCAUCUAUUUUUUCGUGGUCCUCUCAAAAUAGAGGAAAAUCCACUGAAGAACACGGAACUUCAAAUGUGCUACUGUCUAGUCCUUCGACUUCUGUACUAUCAAACAAAAAACCGAAGUACACCAACUAUAAUCGUUUUCCUAUUCACGUAGAACGUGCCAUAUAUCGACUUUCUCAUAUCAAAUUAGCAAAUCCCCGUCGUCCUUUACACGAACAAGUUCUAAUUUCUAACAUGAUGUUUUGGUAUCUUUCACUCAUUAAUAAGCAACAAAUCGAAUAUGGGUCUGAAGUAAAUCCUAAUGCUGUAAAAGAGGCGGCAAUAGUAAAAAGUAAAGUCGGAAAGCAUAAUGUAGGUCGCAAACGAAGAAAAGGUGAAAAGAAAGGAUCACCUGAUGCUAGACGGCGUGGUGCAGGUUCAAGUGCAGAAAUAGCAUAUAAAACACCGCAGUAUGAUAUACAGCAAAUUUCACAACAAUAUCUCACACCACCAAUGUCUUCUUCACAAGCAAAUUCACCGUAUACAUUAGACUUAGGUUAUUCAAAAGAAUUCGAUGAUUAUAGUGAUUCAAAUCCAGACUAUUCGUGUGCAUAUGUAGAAGAUGCUUAUGGCCACCGCAAAUAUUAUCACUACGGAGAUGGGUAUAUUUCCGACGGAACGGAUGGUGGAUAUCUUGAUGAUCAAGAUCGAACUAGUGUUGGAGUAGAGAGUAGUCACGUAGAAGGUCUAGUUUAUUAUGAUUCGGACGUGGAAAAUGUCGGCGGUGAGAGUAGUAAUAGGGCCGGCAGCUAUAAUUCUCACCGACCAGCUUCACCGAAUAGGCGGUCUCCUUCCCCUAAUGGAAGAUCUUUAAAUGCUCGUCCGUCACCGAAUAAUCAACGUUCCACUAGUCCAGUAAGACCUUUAUCUCCAAAUUCUGGGAUAAGAAAUAAACAAUCUCCUAUACUUUCAGAUAACGAAAACGUGAAUAUAACAAAUCCAAUAAUUGAAGACGAAGAUGACAAUGUACCAUUAGGUCUAUACAAAACACCGCAGUAUGAUAUACAGCAAAUUUCACAACAAUAUCUCACACCACCAAU